AAUGGUUGCCCCUGUUCACCAAUUGUGAAGACUUAGGAUCACACAACUACAGCUUUGAUUCUCCAAGUGUUUCAGGAUGUAAAUGUAGUCUGACCUUUCCCUGCUGGACAGUUAAAUCAUGGACACACUAAACAAUUUAAUUUGGACUGUCCUUCCAAAAGAUGCUUUGGCUUCUCUCUCGAAUGCUCACUAAGCAUUUGUAGCUGACAAGGAAAAGGAAGAAAACUGUGAACUGGAAAGUUAUCUUACAAUGAAAAUUACGAGCACAUCUUGCAUCUGUCCAGUCCUCGUGUGUCUCUGUUUUGUGCAGAGGUGUUAUGGAACUGCUCAACACAGCUCCAUCAAGGGGACCAGAAACCAAACCAAACACAUCGAAGGUGAAACCGAAGUCCACCACCGUCCCAAAAGAGGAUGGGUUUGGAAUCAGUUCUUUGUUUUAGAAGAACAUAUGGGACCAGAUCCACAGUAUGUUGGAAAACUGCACUCCAAUUCUGACAAAGGUGAUGGGUCUGUGAAGUACAUCCUUACUGGAGAAGGUGCUGGGACUAUAUUUAUCAUUGAUGAUACCACGGGUGACAUCCACUCAACAAAAAGUCUAGACAGAGAGCAGAAGACCCACUAUGUGCUUCAUGCUCAGGCUAUUGACAGACGAACAAACAAGCCCCUUGAACCUGAAUCUGAGUUUAUCAUCAAAGUGCAAGACAUCAAUGACAAUGCUCCAAAGUUCACAGAUGGACCAUAUAUCGUAACUGUGCCUGAAAUGUCAGAUAUGGGUACCUCUGUUCUACAGGUGACAGCCACUGAUGCAGAUGACCCUACCUAUGGAAACAGUGCUCGGGUGGUUUACAGCAUUCUCCAGGGACAGCCCUACUUCUCUGUAGACCCUAAAACAGGAGUUAUUAGAACUGCCUUACAUAAUAUGGACAGAGAAGCCAGAGAACAUUACUCAGUGGUCAUUCAAGCCAAAGACAUGGCUGGGCAAGUUGGAGGGCUGUCGGGAUCCACCACGGUCAACAUCACCCUGACAGAUGUCAAUGACAACCCCCCACGGUUUCCUCAAAAGCACUAUCAGCUGUAUGUUCCUGAGUCAGCCCAAGUUGGUUCAGCUGUUGGGAAAAUCAAGGCGAAUGAUGCAGACACUGGUUCAAAUGCAGACAUGACAUACUCCAUCAUUAAUGGUGAUGGUGUUGGGAUAUUCUCUAUCUCCACUGACAAAGAGACCAGAGAAGGGAUCCUUUCCUUAAAGAAGCCACUGAACUAUGAGAAAAAGAAGUCAUACACCCUCAACAUAGAAGGAGCCAAUACACAUCUUGAUUUUCGCUUUUCUCACUUGGGUCCUUUUAAAGAUGCUACCAUGCUGAAGAUCAUUGUUGGGGAUGUAGAUGAACCACCACUAUUUUCCAUGCCUUCCUAUGUCAUGGAAGUCUAUGAAAAUGCCAAGAUUGGGACUGUUGUUGGCACAGUUUUGGCACAAGAUCCCGACAGUGCUAACAGCUUAGUAAGAUACUUCAUCGACUACAAUGCUGAAGAUGACAGGUUUUUCAACAUUGAUGCCAACACUGGGACCAUUAAGACUACCAAGGUUCUUGAUAGAGAAGAAACUCCAUGGUACAACAUCACAGUUGCUGCUUCAGAAAAUGACAAUCCGAGUUUGCUGAGCCAUGUCACAGUGGUUAUUAGAGUUCUGGAUGUCAAUGACAAUCCACCCGAACUUGCCAGGGAAUAUGAUAUUGUUGUCUGUGAAAAUUCUAAGCCUGGCCAGGUUAUUCAUACCAUCAGUGCCACUGAUAAGGAUGAUUUUGCCAAUGGACAAAGGUUUAACUUCUUUCUUGAUGAGCAUCUGUCUAUAAACCCAAACUUCACUCUGAAGGACAAUGAAGAUAACACAGCCAGCAUUCUGACAAGGCGGAGGAGAUUUAGUCGAACUAUUCAGGAUGUGUAUUACCUCCCCAUUAUGAUCUCUGACGGUGGAAUCCCCUCUCUCAGCAGCAGCAGUACCCUCACCAUCAGGGUUUGUGCGUGCGAGAGAGACGGGCGCGUGCGGACCUGCCGUGCAGAAGCCCUCCUGUCCUCGGCUGGCUUGAGUACAGGAGCCUUAAUCGCUAUUCUACUGUGUGUUGUCAUUCUCCUAGCAAUUGUAGUACUUUUCAUCACCCUGAGACGCAGCAAAAAAGAGCCCCUGAUCAUUUCAGAGGAGGACGUGCGGGAGAACGUGGUCACCUAUGAUGACGAGGGGGGCGGCGAGGAAGACACCGAGGCCUUUGACAUCACAGCCUUGAGGAAUCCGUCUGCUGCUGAGGAGCUCAAGCACCGGAGAGAUAUCAGACCGGAAAUGAAACUCACCCCCAGGCACCAGACGUUUUCCACCCUGGAAAGUAUAGAUGUUCAGGAGUUUAUUAAGCAAAGACUGGCUGAAGCCGACCUAGACCCCAGCGUCCCGCCUUAUGACUCUCUGCAGACUUACGCCUAUGAGGGUCAGAGAUCAGAAGCUGGGUCCAUCAGCUCGCUGGAUUCAGCAACCACACAAUCAGACCAGGAUUAUCAGUACCUUGGAGACUGGGGACCCGAGUUUAAAAAGUUAGCUGAACUCUAUGGAGAAAUAGAAUCUGAAAGAACAACUUAGGGGGUCAAUUCUUGCAACCUUCUAGAAUUCGCUUCCUGAGCAAGUGGAGAUAUAACCUCAGCAAUGGCAAGGAAGAAGCUUGGAAACAGUACUAGGAACUAAGCAAGCAGAGCACAGCUACUGUAGAAACAAGUGCCCUUUUCAUGAUCGAAACUGGGUUAUUUAAUCGGAAGAAAGUCAAA